AUGGCGGGGUGCGGGGCCGCGGAGCGCGUGUUCCCUGCUCUGCCCCGCCUGCAGCCGCUUUCCACGGCCCGGCGCCCACCCGCGCCGUGGUUCAAGGACGUCCAGGCUGCCCCCGGGACGGCUGUGGGCUGGCAGCGGGGCCGCCCUGAGCUUCAGCCGCCCGCUCGCUCAUGGAAACUACGGGAGAUGCUGGUGGCAGCGGAGCUGAGGGGCCGGCGGGGCACGUGCCGUUCGGCGCGUGGCGGGGGAAGCGGAGGAGCGGGGCGGCGGUUGAGCGCGGCGUUGGUGCCACCUACCGACACGGACGCGUCGCAGCAGCCCGUCCCCGUCAGUGCCGACACCUUCCCCGCCAGGCUGUGGCGGCUGGUCAACAGCCCGCGCUGCCGCUCCGUUCGCUGGGGCGCCUCCGGCCGGGGGCUGGUCAUCAACCAGCCGCGCUGUGAGUGCGAGCUGCUGGGCGCCGGGCCGGCCGUCGCCGCGCAGCCGGGUGGCCGUGGGGCAGCGGCAGCCGCCGGUUUCUUCAAGAACUUCAGCAGCUUCAUCCGGCAGCUCAGUCUCUAUGGCUUCCGCAAGGUGGGGAUGUUGCCGGGGAGCAGUGUGGUGGGGGGGCCGGGCCCAGAGGGUGGACAAGGCAACGGUGGCAACUGCACUGGGCCCCUGCAUCACUUCCACAGCCCCCACUUUCGCCGCGACCGCCCCGACCUCCUUGUCCACCUGAAGUGCCUGACGAAGGGCAACAAGGCGAAGAUGGGCGGGCUGGAUGUGACCAGCCGCCCACCCAACCGCUUCCAGCGCUUGCCUGGCACGCCACUGAACGGGCAGCCGCUGCCUCCGCCCUCGACGCUCAGCAGGCCUGACUACAGUACAGUCUCCAUUGCGUACUACACUAAGAACACCCUUGCCCGAUCUCUGGAGCUGGCACAGCUCUACCAGAUGAGCGUUACUGCUUCUUGCCCUCAGUAA